AUGCUUCGUGAAAAUGAAAUAAUAUCCAAGGUCUUGCUCACGGUUGACCAGUACAAGGGCAAGGUAUCCUCACUCCGAACAGGGAUCUCUAACGAUACUUAUCUUCGAUCGGAGAACUUCUCACGAUUACUCCUUUGGAAAGUGUGUCUCAUUACUGAUUCGUUAAAUAUCCAGAAAUGGGAUGAAGCACUCUCUGCCUCUCGGAUAGUGUACACCCAGAUCCUCAAGCGUCCGGACAUGGCUAUCCCCUGGGAUCAGUUGGAGCCAGAUAAUGUGUUUUAUAUACCGAGGAAGACCACUCGUCGAGAAACAAACACGAUCAAGAAAGUCAUCAACAAUUUGGAAAGAGUUCAUAUUGACGAUGAUCCAUUAACUGCAGACAACAACAAGCAAGGAAACCAUUCAAAUAUUCAUUUACCGACAGAUUUGGAACUCUUGGAGAUCAUUACGUUGGAUAUAGAACGGAUCUUCCCCGGGAACGAACUCUUCCAUGCACCUACAACAGACGCACUCAAUCAUAGACGAACAUUGGUACAAAUUCUAUACAUAUGGUCGAAGUGUAACCCAUCGGUUGGCUACAAGCAAGGGUUACACGAGCUCUUGGGACUUGUCUAUUUGAAUCUUUGGCGAGAAAGUAUCGAGAUCCCCAACACAAAUACAAUAUCUACCGAUGAUCUUAAAAUUCUUAAACUUUAUAAUGUUAAAUAUUUAGCUCAUGAUUUAUUUCUGAUGUUCAACAAGUUUGUCAUGCAAUCAGGGAUCGGGCCAAAAUAUUUUGAAUCUGAACAAGAACUCUUCAAAUCCAUUCAAACUUUUGACAUGUAUCUCUUGAAAGUGGACCAAUUGAUUCAUUACAACCUAACCAACAAGUUGAAAUUGGAAUCACCACUUUGGCUCAUCAGAUACUUGAGAUUAUUAUUAUCAAGAGAACUUGGCAAUGAUUUGGAGUGUGUAAGCAUAUUCUGGGAUAAACUUAUUGGAGGGAAUUGUUCUACGACCAGCAGCAAUACUAGCGGCAUAACGAUAGGAAAUAUCGGUAUAGGAGGCGAUAAGCCAAAUGGGAACACAAUUACCACCAUCCCGGAUUUACUCACUUUCAGUGUGAUCAUUUUACUCAUACAUAUCAAGACAGAUUUAAUCACUUCAGACUUUAGUGAAGCACUUUCACUUUUAUUACAUUAUCCUAUUGCUAAAAUUUCCGGGAAAUACUCCUCAAAGGCUGAUUUCAUCAGUAAAUUGUAUAAGGAUGCAGUAUCCUUGUACGAACGGAGGGAUAAUGACAAAAAAUUGUACGAAUAUGGAUUAAAAUUAAACACUCAUUAUAAUCCAAACUUGAAAAUUACCAUGAGUUAUAGAAGUAGUGAAGAAGUGGAAAGAUCGAAAGAAGAGAAGUUGAAGUUUGAAAAGUUACGAAUGGAGAUGAGAUUGAAGAAAAAGGUUAAACUGAUGAUGGGUUGA